ACCAAUGUGAGUUUUAUCCCAAAUAAUGUCGCUUCUACAAUUCAACGAAACCCUAACUUCUCCUUAUUCCUUCUUCUCUUUCUCUAUCAUAUCCAUAAUUAUUUUGCAAUUCGUGAAUACGAUAACCUUCAUGGACUACAUCUUUACUACAACAUCUAACGCAUUCAUGAUAGCUUGACCCUCCGCUACUAUGGGGUUUGAGUAACCUUGUUUAUUCCAUAUUAUCUAUAUCCUUAUUGUUUUCAUUGUCUUUGUUUUGCUAGGUAUUACUUUCCCCAUCUUCCAGAUCUUUUAUCUAAUUUAUGUUGGUUAUUUUGUUGUCUUUAUUGUUCUGCAGAGUGAUUUGACCUUUAGAGCACUCACCAUGAAACCCAUUAGUUAUUCUUCUCGAGAAAAACUUAUGGCACGAAAGUAAGUUUCAAAUAUUUCUCGGAUCCAAAAUCGUCUAACCGAACCUACUAUCGAAAAGCCCGGAUAUGCGUAUCUGUACCAAUGUGUAUCAUAAACACGCUGAAGACGAAAACAAUGGCUUCCGAUGACAAAUCAGCGACGUUUCCGAAGAAUUACGGUUACGAUUUGGUUUUGGGAUGAAUCGCUGCUUUCUACAUACUCAUGGUACCUUACACUAAGGUCGAAGAAAGUUUCAAUGUUCAGGCAAUGCAUGAUAUUCUUUAUCAUCGGUUUCACAUAGAUAAUUAUGAUCAUCUGGAGUUUCCUGGCGUUGUUCCUCGCACUUUCAUUGGCGCUUUGCUUGUGUCACUUGUUGCGUCUCCGAUUGUGUUAAUUGCAAGUUUACUGCAUUUGCCAAAGUUUUAUGCUCUUCUCAUAGUUCGAAUGGUCCUAGGAUGCAUCGUACUGUAUACACUAAGAUUUCUUCGCCAUCAGAUAAGGGAUAAAUUUGGGCGCCAAGUAGAAACCUUCUUUGUGAUACUAACUUCCAUUCAGUUUCAUUUUCUGUUCUAUUGUUCUCGUCCGCUUCCUAACAUUCUUGCUCUGGGUAUAGUGAAUUUGGCGUUUGGAUACUGGUUCCAGGGCCGCUUUUAUGCCGCUCUAAACUCUUUGAUAUUUGCUACAACUGUGUUCAGAUGUGACAUGCUGUUACUUCUUGGUCCCCUUGGGCUACAACUUCUUCUGACGAAAAAAAUUUCAAUAUGGAGUGCUCUAAAAUACUGUACUGGGAUGGCCUUCUUAUGCGUAGGUAUAACCAUAUUGGUUGACUCAAUCAUGUGGAAAAGGUUGUUGUGGCCUGAAUUUGAAGUUUUUUGGUUUAACUCUGUCCUUAACAAGAGUUCUGAAUGGGGAACACAUGCUUUCCAUUGGUAUUUCACUUCCGCACUCCCUCGUUCACUACUUGUUGCAUAUCCUCUUUCACUGUUUGGUUUCUUAGUAGACAGAAGAGUACGGCCCUUUGCUUUCCCAGUUCUUGCCUUCAUUUUUCUUUAUUCCAAGCUUCCCCACAAGGAACUUCGUUUUAUUUUAAGUUCAGUUCCAAUAUUCAACUUGUCUGCUUCUGUUGCAUGUAACAGAAUUUACAAUAAUAGGAAAAAGAUGAUCUGGAACUUUGUUUUCCUCAUUAUGUUGGGAUUACUUCUCCUGAGUCUUGCAGUAACCGUCACAACUUUUACAGCAUCAUAUUGGAACUAUCCUAGUGGUCAUGCCUUAAAAAAGUUGCACGGGAUUGGUCUUCAUCAGGAUACAAAUGAACAAAUGGUUCACAUUGAUACAUUUUCUGCAAUGAAUGGAAUAUCUCGCUUUUGUGAAAGGGAUUUCCCAUGGAGAUAUUCUAAAGAAGAAGAAAUUAGCUUGCAAGAAUUUCAGCAGAGAAACUUUACUUUCCUAAUAAAUGAACAUCCUGUGAUCAGUGGAUUCAAGUGUCUAUUUACUGAAGAUGGUUUCUCAAGAAUGCGCAUUAAAUACGGCUUUCCACCACUCUUACUGGUUAAAGAGCCCAAAGUUUAUGUCCAUGGAAACUUGGAAAACCAGGUUGUUUUCAACAAUGGUUGGCCUGGCUGCCCAUAAUCCUUUGGCCAUAGUUGCAAGUUCGUGUGAAGUUAAAAUCACCACAUCUACUGAUUGUUGCCUGUAUUUAAUAUAUAUGUUGCUAGAUUGCCUGUAUUCUUAAGGACUAUGUUGUUUUUCUUUAACCUGUAUUUAAUUAUGAACUUUAAAUGUUAAAUCAUUUUAAAGUUUAAGUUGAUUUAAAGUUUUGAAAAGAA